AACAGCAAUAUCUCCCCUUACGCAGAAUGUUAACUUUUUUUCACCACUUGAAAGAUUCAACGCAUCGAUGAAUGUCGCGGGGAUUCUAUUAUGAAGUGAGUGGUAGGAGUAUCAAUUCUGGACUACAAUUUUACAACAACUUGUUUUGACAGCUGAGCUCUGUUGGAAAUGCCACAGCGCCCUCUCUGAUGUGAGGAUGAGGUCCUACACCAGAGGGGCCCCCACAGCGUUCUUCAUAAGUCUACUGUGGCCCCUGGUGUCCCCGGUGGUAGGGGUGGGAGAGGAGACGGACCCCACUGGAGGGAUACCCUUCAUGGGAGGGAACUACGAUGGACACCCCAUGCUGUUUUUCGGCCAGGGUGAGGUGGAGGAGUUGCAGGCGGCAGCUGCUGGGACUCACCGGGAGAUGGCUGCAAGGAUCCGCGAGGCGGGGGAGGCCAUGCUGGAGCACCCUGAGGAAUACCUGCCCCCCUGGAGCCCGGCCGAGUACAGCGCCCGCUGGAACGAGGUGUAUGGAAACAACCUGGGAGUGUUGUCUAUGUUCUGUCUGCUCUACCCACACAGGGCCGGGGCCCUUGACCUGGCCAAGGAUUACAUGGAGAGGAUGGCAGCUCAGCCUAGUUGGUUGGUUAAAGAUGCUCCUUGGGAUGAGGUUCCUGUAGCCCACUCUCUGGUUGGCUUCGCUACAGCCUAUGACUUCCUGUAUGAGUACCUGAGCAAGGUGCAGCAGGAGCACUUCCUGCGGGUGAUCGGUAAUGCUACGCGCUUCAUGUAUGAGAAGUCCUACGUCCGUGGCUGGGGCUUCCAGUACCUGCACAACCACCAGCCCACCAACUGUGUGGCUCUCCUCACUGGCAGCCUGGUCUACAUGGCCCAGGGUUAUCUGCAGGAGGCCUACCUGUGGACUAAGCAGGUUCUGGCCAUCAUGGAGAAGUCUAUGGUGCUCCUCCAGGAUGUGACGGACGGCUCGCUGUACGAGGGCGUGGCCUACGGGACCUACACCACCCGCUCUCUAUUCCAGUACUUAUUCCUGGUGCAGAGACACUUCUCCAUCAGCCACUUCGACCACCCCUGGCUCCACAAACACUUUGCAUUCAUGUACAGGACCAUCCUGCCAGGGUUCCAGAGGACUGUAGCUGUAGCAGAUUCCAACUACAAUUGGUUCUACGGGCCUGAGAGCCAGCUGGUGUUCCUGGACCGAUACGUGAUGAGGAACGGCAGCGGGAAUUGGCUGGCUGAUCUGAUCCAUCAGAACCGGGUGCUGGAGGGGCCAGGACAGGCCGGGAAGGGACAGAGAUGGUGCACACUGCACACAGAGUUCAUCUGGUAUGAUCCAAGCCUGACUCCCAGGGCUCCUGCAGACUUCGGUACAUCCCAACUCCACUACUUUGAGGACUGGGGGGUCGUCACGUAUGGAAGUGCUUUACCUGCAGACACCAACCACACCUUCCUCUCUUUCAAGUCGGGGAAGCUGGGUGGACGGGCCAUAUUUGACAUUGUUCACAGGAACAAGUACAAAGACUGGAUCAAAGGGUGGCGGAACUUUAAUGCUGGCCAUGAGCACCCUGACCAGAACAGCUUUACGUUCGCCCCUAACGGUGUUCCUUUUAUCACCGAGGCUCUGUACGGGCCCAAGUAUACCUUCCUCAACAAUGCAGUGCUGUUCUCCCCAGCUGUCUCAGGGAGCUGCUUCAAGCCAUGGGAAGGUCAGGUCACCGAGGCCUGUGACUCCAAGUGGCUGAAGUACAAGGUGGGGCUGGCGGCGGACGCCCAGGGCAGGGUGGAGGCGGCUCUCGAGAGGCAGGGGAUGGUGUUCAUCCGUGGGGAGGGCCAGUCGGCCUACAACCCUGACCUGAAGAUCAGGAGCUUCCAGAGGAACCUGCUGCUCCUGCACCCCCAGCUGCUGGUCCUAGUGGAUCAUGUCCAUCUGGAGACAGACAGCCCAACCAGGGCCAUGAGUGCCUUCUUCCACAACACGGACCUGUCCUUUAAGGACACCAAAAUAGAUGGUGUGCAUGGAGCCUUUGUCAGACAUGGUGAAGACCCGUAUAAAAUGUUCUGGAUGGAUGACACGGGCUUCAGUGAAAAGGGGGUAUUGGGGUACUGGAACUAUCCACGUGGUUACCCCUAUAAUGGCUCUAACUAUGUGAAUGUGACAAUGCCACUGAGGUAUCCACACACCAGGGUGGCCUAUAUCUUCUUUGGGCCGGGGGUGGACGUGCAGAGCUUUAGCCUGCGUGCUGAUGCUAAUAGGGUGGACAUUUACCUGGCCACCAACGAGCACACCUACACCAUCUACCUUCUGACAGGAGAGGUGACCAACAAGCCUCUGUUCGCCAUGGUACUGGUGGACCAGAAGAAGAUUGUGUUUGAGAAAGCAGCAGGAGUGCUGAACGACACGCCAGAGGAGGUGGAGGAGUAUGUCAACGUAGUAGAGGACAACCUCCAGCAUGCCAAGCCUGUUUUCCAGCAGCUGGAGAGACACAUUCUGGGCAGGGUACUCAACACGGCCAGCUUCCGCAAGGCAGCUGAGCGCCUCCUACAGUUCUCAGACAAGAAGAAGACAGAGGAGGCUAUCGAGAAAAUGUUUGCUCUGACUAAGAAACAGGGCAAAGAAAAGGGGGCCAAGAAAGUCUUGGGGAACCUUGGGAACGAGCUCUCAGAGAGCCUGCCUGACAUAUUUGCACAGAUCGAGGUGAGUGAGAAGAAACAGAGAUCGAAGAGCACAAAGCGGAUUAUUGAGGAGAGCUCAGAGGAGGAUGGAGACUCCAGGGCCUUUAUGGAUUAUGGAGACUCAAAUAAAGGCAGAAAGGGUGCCUUUGUGAAGGGUCGCAAGUUCAAGGAGGUCCACAUGUCUGCAACAGCCAAUAGUGACAGUCUGUCAAACGUAGCCUCUUAUAUCAGACUAUUCCUAAUCUUAAACAUAGCCACCUUCUUCCUGCUACUGGCUGUGUUAUUGACACGCUUCCAGAGAGGCAGAAGUCUACACACCCAAAGGUGUUUCUAUGGCAUUCUCCUCAUCGACAGCUUAAUUUUACUCUGCCUCUACUCUUCCUGCUCUCGCACACAGUGUUGACAUCAUUACUGUGCAACGACGGGGAAUGUCAAUGUACAGACAGACCUAUUGAACUAUUGUAGUUUGCCAUGGGUGAUUAAAAUGCACCAUACACCUCAGUCUGAGCCAAAUCUACCUGAUGGGUGUCCAGGAAAUCAUUCAUUCCAAAUAGGAAUUGAUAGACUUGACGAUAUUAAGCUAGACCACCUCUGAGAUCCUAAGCUUCUGUGGAGCUUGAGAAUGGAGUCUGUAUAAACUUUGUCAUGUACAGUUUUUAGAUUAGACCCCCUGACUCAUAUCAAAGAUCUCCAAGGCUAGCCACUAAAAUGCAGAUGUCUCUGCCUCUCUCUGUGUACGUUUUGACAUGCAGUCUAAGUCAUAAAUAAUAUAGAAAGGUCAGGUGAUUGUGGAGGCCAGGUCAUCUGAUGCAGCACUCCAUCACUCUCCUUGGUCAAAUAGCCCUUACACAGCCUGGAGGUGUGUUUUGGGUCAAUGUCCUGUUGAAAAACAACUGAUA